GCCUUUCCAGCUUCCAUUAUCCUAUAUAAUUGACACUAUCCUCUCAUAUCAUAAUCAAGAAUAUCGAUUCUCACAACUCUGCUUUCAACUAACUCAAUCUAAACUGCUUAUCAAACCUUUUGUCGGAAAAUCUUCAAAAUGAAGCUCAUUUCUGUCGUCGUUGCCGCUCUUGCAGCCACCAGUGUACAGGCUGGAGUUUUACAAAAAUGGUGUGCACUGCCUGCUCAGGGCUGCUACAUGCUGAAACGGGCCGCCGAUGCCAGUGGAGACGUUCGACGUUCUGCUGAGGCCCUUGCUGAGGCCAUGCCUGAUGCAGAAGCCUUGGCCAAGUGGUGUGCCCUGCCUGGUCAGGGAUGUCUCAAGGCUAAGAGGGCUGCUGAGGCUGUUGAGGAUGCCAGACGUUCUGCCGAUGCCCUUGCAGAUGCUAUGGCAGAUCUCGAGGAGUACUAGUAAGGUCAGUAAGCCCAUGUCUUUAAAUUGUAAACGUUACCUAGAUUCUGAUGGUGUUUGAACUAGGUCGACACUCCCACUAGCCGCAUAAUUCUUGAGAUAUGCGAGACAAGAGCUUUGUGCGUGGCAA